CUGGAACCUUCUGUUGAUUUUGGUGAAUCCGGGAGCAUGCUGGUAUAUUUACAUCCUUCAGAAAAGACUUACCCAACAAGGGUGUGAAGCUGUGGGGUGUAUCAGUUGUCCAGCUCUGAAAAGAAUCUACUUAUUUAUGUUUGUAAAAGCUGUGAGUAUUUGGCAAACGGGGUACAAUGGGAGCAGCCGCACGUUGCACUCCAGAACAGAGACGACCCCGUCGCCCAGCAACGAUACUGGGAAUGGACACCCAGAAUAUAUUGCAUAUGCGCUUGUCCCUGUGUUCUUUAUCAUGGGUCUCUUCGGCGUCCUCAUUUGCCACCUGCUUAAGAAGAAAGGCUAUCGUUGUACGACAGAAGCAGAGCAAGAUAUCGAAGAAGAAAAGGUUGAAAAGAUAGAAUUGAACGACAGUAUGAAUGAAAACAGUGACACUGUUGGGCAAAUCGUCCACUACAUCAUGAAAAAUGAAGCGAAUGCUGAUGUCUUAAAGGCGAUGGUAGCGGAUAACAGCCUGUAUGAUCCUGAAAGCCCCGUGACCCCCAGCACACCAGGGAGCCCACCCGUGAGUCCUGGGCCUUUGUCACCAGGGGGGACCCCGGGAAAGCACGUCUGUGGCCAUCAUCUGCACACGGUGGGCGGUGUUGUCGAGAGGGACGUGUGUCAUCGGUGUAGGCACAAGCGGUGGCACUUUAUAAAGCCCACCAACAAGUCCAGAGAGAGCAGACCACGGCGCCAAGGCGAGGUCACGGUCCUUUCUGUUGGCAGGUUUAGAGUUACAAAAGUGGAGCACAAGUCAAACCAGAAGGAACGGAGAAGCCUGAUGUCUGUUAGUGGGGCUGAAACCGUCAAUGGGGAGGUGCCGGCAACACCUGUGAAGAGAGAACGCAGUGGCACAGAGUAGCAGUGUCCUGAAUGACAGCUCAUCGACACAGAGUGAAACUCCAGAUAUGUGACAAGCAGCAUGGGACAGAUGCUGACAAUCAGAACAGGUGCUGGAUGUAAACAACUGGUCAGGCUGCACUGGUGCAUGCUGGGAGAAUCACCUGCUCUGCAUCCAGGGAGCAAAUGCAUCUGCAUGCUCAGCACGACACCAGCUUACCUCCCUGUGCAAAUCCCCUCCCCUAGUCAGCCUCAUCCAAAUCUUCUCCUGCAGUAGCAGCUUCUAAAGCCGCAAGGGCCUCCGCCACCGCUGCAUCCUCGUCCACAAUCUCCCCAUCUCCGUCUCCAUCGGAGCCAUGGGCAUCCUCCUGCCUGUUUCCUGAGUCAACCACAGGUAUGGCAUGAGCAGGACCCUUCUCAUUAAAGCAGAUGCUUUGAACUUC